AUGUCGGACCAUGAGUUUGGAGGCAACGACGACCUCUCCUUGCCCAAGGCAACUGUCCAAAAGAUCGUUGGCGAGAUACUCGCGUCGUCGUCUGGCAUCGCUUUCUCCAAGGAAGCUCGUGAUCUCCUCAUUGAAUGCUGCGUCGAGUUUAUAACCCUCGUCAGCUCUGAGGCGAACGAGAUAUCGGAGAAAGAGGCCAAGAAGACGAUUGCCUGCGAUCACAUCGUGAAGGCGCUCGACCAGCUCGGCUUCCCCGAUUAUGUGCCAGCAGUGUUGGAGGCCGCCGCGGAACACAAAGAAGUGCAAAAGGGUCGCGAGAAGAAGGCGAACAAACUUGAGCAGAGCGGCAUGACGCUCGAGGAGCUUGAGCGAUUGCAGCAGGAACAGUUUGCCGCCGCCGCUGCGAGGCAUAAUUGA